CAUACUGACAUCUCAUGUCUACUUGAGUUCAACUUCUCCUACCUGUGGUGAACCUCUCAGGAUGUCUUGACUCAGCAUUGGAACCUCAUCCUGGCACUGGCAUGAUUGUGUAUGGUGAAAAAUUUAGGUGUUUGUUUUCUGUGCCUUGCCAGCACUGGGACCACUUACCCCCAGCUGUAUAUAAAUAUUGAAAGACCUGGAGAUACAUCUUGGCUGAUUUUAUGCCCCAGGGUGAAGACGCAGGCUCAGACUUUGCUCUGGACCCAUGUUGCUUCUUGCAGGUGCAGCAGUGGAACAAAUCCUCUCCAAAAUUCCUCCAAUGGAUGAGCCCCAUCCCCCUGCGGGACCUGGGCGUGGGUCAGUGUGGGACGCCAGGAACCCCUCACAUCAGCAAGUCACUCGCUUGGUCAGCAAAAAUGAGGAUCUCAGUUCUAGCCCCUUCUCCUAGGGUUCAACACCUUCAUCCAGGAAGGUUUAAAUCAGUGCAUCAUUUCAUACAUGGAAUCACAGAAUAUCCUGAUUUGGAAGGUGCCCACAAGGAUCAUCAAGUCCAAGUCGUGGCCCUGCACAGGACAUCCCCAAGAAUCACAUCAUCUGUCACCAUGUACAUCAUCAAGCCCUACACUGAAAGGACUUUUGAACCCCAGAUAAGAUGUUACCUGGGCUGUGGAGUGCUGGUGUCCAGCUUAGCUGGUCCAAGUGGGAGGGCAACGCAUACAUGGGUCAUGGGAGGACCUGGAUCCAUAGAAAGUCAGUGCUGCAUCUGCAGCACCCAGAACAGCUCUGGAACAGGCCAGAAGAAAUCAGAAGGCAGAGACUUGGUGCAAACAGAGUGAGCUGUUCCAGCUUUACAAAGACUUGAAACAAAACAGUACAGAACUGAUUUGCACAGAACUUUUGAUCGUGCUUGUGAAAGAGUUGUUACAGGUGGCAAAGACAGGUGAGAGUGUGGAGCCACCAUUCACACCAGCAUCAAGGUAGGAUAUGAAAGAAGUUUGGGUAGAGGAUGCCUGCAGGCUGCCAUUAGCACCUCUUAAUGAUCUGAAGCCUAAAUUUCUGGUUGAUGGCUCUAAUUUGGGCUAAUGAGCCUUGCUUUGUUAUUAAGG